AUGAAGAGCAAAGGGAAUUUUCAGAAUUUUGGUGGAAGAGAGUCCAAAAAUUUAAAGAAUUCGACUUGUCAAUGGGGUGAGAGUAGCUACAACAAGCAUGGUGGUCAAAGAAACUUUAUAGGUGAAGGAAGAAGUUUGACAAGAGCAAGGAUCAGUGCUAUAAGUGUCAACGAUUCAAUCAUUUUGCAAAAGAAUGCAAUACAAACAAGAAAAAAUCUCAAGGGGAUGAAACCAAGGUUGCAAGACAAGAGUUUGAUGAAAAUAAUACACUCUUGGUCAUGGUCAUGUGAGAGAAUUGUAGCAGCAAACAACUGCAUCAACUCAAACAAUGAUAAAAAAUUGAGUUGUGGUCGGUUGAAUGAUAUUAUUAACCGGGUGCAUAAAAAGGAAGAUGCCAUGAUGAGUUUGAAAGGAGUUCACUGCAGUGAGGAGUGGUAUUUGGACUCGGGUUGUUUAACUCAUAUGACGGGAAGAAAGGAUUGGUUUGUCAAAAUUAAUCGUGCCAUGAAGAACAAAGUAAAGUUCGCAGAUGACACCAUUCUAAUGGUCGAUGAGAUCGAUGAUGUUUUGAUCAUGAUAAGGGAUGAUGGAUAUUCCUUGAUCAAAGAUGUCUGGUACAUUCUGAGAAUAAAAUGUAACCUUCUAAGCAUUUUCCAAUUUCUUGAGAAGGGUUACAAGAUUCACAUGGAAAACAAGGGAUUACACGUUAUGGAUGCAAAUGGAGUUUUUGUCCUUAAAACGCUUAUGGCUGCCAAUAGAACUUUCAAGGCUGAGUUGAAGGUUAUGGAGCAUAAAUGUCUUGCUACUGCAGUAAGUAGAGAAGAGUGGAUGUGGCACUAUCGUCUUGGACAUCUCAAUUUUAGAGAUCUCAAAGACUUGCAAAAGAAUGGAAUGGUAACGAGGCUAUCAUCUAUCAAUAUACUUUAG